AUGCAUCGGACCAUACUGAUGCGACUGUACAGUUCCACUGCCACCAAGGACCAGAUCCUGGUGCCAGAGACUCUUCUUAAGAAGAGAAAGAGCCAGGAGAAGGCCCGCGAGCAGCGCAACGCUACUAUUGAGAAGAGGAAGACGGCCAACAAGGAGAAGCGCAAGGCUAUCUUCAAGCGCGCUGAGACUUACGUCAAGGAGUACCGCGAUGCCGAGCGUGAGAAGGUUCGUCUCAACCGCCUGAGCCGCCAGAACGGUACCCUCUAUGUCGAGGAGCAGCCCAAGCUUGCCUUCGUCAUCCGCAUCAAGGGUAUCAACAAGAUCGCGCCUAAGCCUCGCAAGAUCCUCCAACUCCUCCGUCUCCUUCAGAUCAACAACGGCGUCUUCAUCAAGCUUACCAAAGCUACACAAGAGAUGUUGACGAUUGUCAACCCCUACAUUGCCUACGGCUACCCAAACCUGAAGUCUGUUCGCGAGCUCAUCUACAAGCGCGGAUACGGCAAGAUCAACAAGCAACGCGUUGCCCUCACCGAUAACCAGCUGAUCGAGGAUAACCUCGGCAAGUACGGCAUUGUCUGCAUGGAGGACCUCAUCCACGAAAUCUUAACUGUUGGUCCCAACUUCAAGCAGGCUUCCAACUUCCUCUGGCCAUUCAAGCUGUCCAAUCCCAACGGCGGCUUCCGUGCUCGCAAGUUCAGACAUUUCAUCGAGGGUGGUGACCUUGGUAACCGGGAGGAGAACAUCAACGCCCUCAUCAGACAGAUGAACUAG